AUAAAAACUGUAAGCUGGGACAAUUUUUUAAAAGGGGUGGGAAUGACUUAUAGUAUUUGAAAUCUUACAAAAAAAUUUUAUCAAUUUAAGUGAUUUGUUCUUAUAUUAUAUAGUAAAUACUCAUGUUGGUCAUUUUUCUGUUGAAUACAAUUAUUUUAAUUGGCUUAAUACACAAGCAAAUGUAGCCUUUUUUAUUUCCAACUUGUUCUAUACUUUUCAUGCAGCAUGUCGGCUUUCCCGAACAUCACGUCCUCUCCCAUCAUCUUCCUGCUAACUGGCGUUCCUGGGCUGGAAGCCUUCCACACCUGGAUCUCCAUCCCUUUCUGCCUCCUCUAUGCAACCGCCCUGUCAGGGAACAGCCUGAUUCUCUUCAUCAUCGUCACUCAGCCCAGCCUCCACGAACCCAUGUAUUAUUUCCUCUCCAUGCUGUCCACCACUGACCUCGGUCUGUCCAUAUCCACACUGGUCACCAUGUUGGGGAUAUUCUGGGUCAAUGCCAGGGAGAUCAGCUUCAAUGCCUGCUUGUCACAGAUGUUCUUUAUUAAGCUGUUCACUGUCAUGGAAUCCUCUGUGCUAUUGGCUAUGGCUUUUGAUCGUUUUGUGGCCAUCUCUAACCCUCUUAGAUAUGUCACUAUUUUAACUGAGUCCAGAAUAGCUAAAAUUGGGGUGGCAAUUGUCAUCAGAGGGACCUUAAUGCUCACACCAAUGGUUGCACUUCUUAAACGACUCUCCUUCUGCCGCAGCCGCGUGCUGCACCAUUCUUACUGCUUCCAUCCUGAUGUGAUGAAGCUCUCUUGCACAGACACCAGGAUCAACAGUGCAGUUGGGCUGACUGCCAUGAUUUCUACUGUCGGUGUGGACUCCAUCUUCAUUGUCUUUUCAUAUGUUUUGAUCAUUAGGACUGUCCUCAGCAUUGCCUCCCCAGAGGAGAGGAAAAAAGCCUUCAGCACAUGUAUCUCCCAUAUUGGGGCUGUGGCUGUGUUCUACAUGCCAUUGAUCAGUCUGUCCUUUGUUCAUAGAUUUGGAAAGCAAGCCCCACCCUAUGUGCAUACCAUGAUUGCUAACACCUAUGUGCUGAUCCCUCCUGUAGUGAAUCCCAUAAUCUAUAGUGUGAAAACCAAGCAGAUACGCAGCACUGUAAUAAAAAUUUUCCACUCUAAAGAAACAUAGAAUUAAGGAAUUCUAGAACUAGGCAAUCCAUUAAAGGUGAUCUACUUCAGGUCAUGUUAACAAUUAAAAGCAAAAGAAAAUCUGGUGCCCACCAGAGCCAAGUAUGCAAUCAUUUAAAGUUAAAGCUAGAAUGUAGCUAGAUCAUUAACUACUUUAAUUCCUUCAUUUUACAUGUGAGAUGGCAGAGAUACAAAAAUGGGAAGCAUGAACUGUUUAAGCAUCAGGUCUAGAAAUCUCUUUAUCAUUUAUUGUUCCAAACUGUUGUUGUCUUCUAUCCCUGUCAAUAACCUCAGAAUUACAUUAUGAAAAACUCACUUCUUGAAUAAAAAUAGAUAAUAUUUUCUGACCACAAUAAUAAUUUUAACUAACAUUUUCUAUUUUUCUGAUAAGUUAUAAUUCUAUUUCCUAAAUGAAUUAACCUCUAAUUUAUACUAGGGAAAUAUACAGCAAUAAAAACAUAAUUUCUUUAAAAAGAAAAUAUAAAACUCUAUCCUCUGAAAAUGUUUAACCGUAUUAGAGAGGAAAACCUCAGGUCAAGAUCUUCAAACCUCACAAAGUUUUCCUAGCUGAUGAUCUCUCCUAAAACAAAAAAUUCCAGAAUUUCUCUGAGCCCUCCCUUAACUUUCUGCUCCAGGAGACGUUUAAAGUGCUAUGAGCUGCAAAUUAAGUACAAUUUUUGACAUUUACCCGGGAAUUUUCAAAUCUGUAUGAUG